AGCUUUUUGCAUCCCUUUUUGUCUUUAAAACUACAGGAUAUGUUAAAAUUUUUAAACACUGGCUGGAGGUCGCUUGGUUGUUUGCAAGGUCAAGUUGGUUUUGUGUUUACAUGGACAGGGAUCGAACAAACUACGUGGGAUUUAUAUGAAAGAAGAACAGUGUAUUUAAAAUAAUGUCUUUAGAAACAAUAGAUUCGCUCUUUAAUUCUUUUUAUGAUGAGUCUCCUUCUUUCGCUGAUACUAUUGACGAAAUGUUUGACAUGACAUUUCCACCAGUUCGUUACCGUAAUCCUCGAUACAUGGGUUACCAAGGAAACCAGUCAAGCACACAGCAGAGGCAACUGCAAAGAUCUAGAUCUCAAGACAGCAACAAGCUGCUGAUUGCCCAACUUGAUGUCAGCCAUUACAAACCGGAGGAAGUUAGUUGCAAGGUUGAAAAUGGCAAAGUACUGGUCUCAGGGAAACAUUAUGCCGAAAAUGAGUAUGGUUAUGAUGCGUCUGAAUUCCAUAGAAGCUAUAGCCUACCUGAAGAUACAGACCCAUUGUCAGUGAAGUCGAGAAUCUCCCAAGAUGGGGUGCUGCAAAUUGAAGCCAUGAAAAAGUGUAAGUUGCUGUCCCGAGAUCCGGCCUUAGGUGUAGAUGAAACUGAUGAUACCAAAUUGUCGUUGAAGUUCAACCUUGCUGGCUACAAACCAGAAGAGGUUAAUGUCCGUGUAAAAGGCAAAGAGCUUAUGGUUUCCGCAGAGCAUAAGAUGGAAGAGGAAGGUCACUUCACACAUCGACAGUUCAGACGUCGCAUUUCAUUGCCUACAGAGGUGGAUGUGAAUUCAUUGAUAUCAAGGUUUGGGAAAGAUGGUGUUCUAAGUAUUGAGGCUAAUAAGAAGCCACCACCAGCUCUUGAAGAGAAGAAAAUUGAAAUCCAACAAGAUGCACAAGCCAAGAAUGAGUAGCUUUUGCCAUUCAUAAUUGCAUUGUUCAUUUUUGAACUGCUUUGCUAAAUCAAAGAUCAAUGAUUGUUAUAGGCAUCGAUGCUUGAUGCAACGUUUCUCUGAUGCUUCCAGAUUACUAAUUGCAUUUUAUCAUUUAAGAAGCAAGUGAUACUAUAUGUUACCAAACUAGUUAAUAUUUUGACAUAAUCAUGUAAAUUGACUGCUAUUGCUGUCUUUAAAACAAAAGAACAAAGUCUGUUCUGCUUGCUAUAGCUUUAAUUGUAUUCC